UCCGGCGGCAUGAGGAGGACAUGGAGGGGUUUUUGCUUGCCAAUGGCUACCGGCUGGGCAGGACCAUCGGGGAGGGCACCUACUCCAAAGUGAAGGAGGCCUUUUCCAAAAAGCACCGGAAGAAGGUGGCAAUUAAAAUAAUUGAUAAGAGGGAAAUGCCAGAAGAGUUCAUUCACCGAUUCCUGCCCCGGGAGCUCCAGAUCGUCACGCGCUUGGACCACAGGAACAUCAUCCGUGUCCACGAGAUGCUGGAGUCGACGGAGGGGAAGAUCUGCCUGGUGAUGGAGCUGGCGGAGGACGGGGACAUCUUUGACUACGUGCUCCGCGAGGGGCCCCUGCCCGAGCCCCAGGCCAGGGCCUUGUUCCUGCAGCUGGUGGAGGCCAUGCGGUACUGCCACGGCUGCGGGGUGGCCCACCGCGACCUCAAGUGUGAGAACGCCCUCCUGCAGGGUCCCACCUUGAAGCUGACGGAUUUUGGCUUUGCCAAAGAGCUCCCCAGGGAGGGCCGAGAGCUGAGCUGGACCUUCUGCGGCAGCACAGCCUACGCGGCCCCCGAGGUGCUGCAGGGCCAGCCCCACGACAGCCGCAAGGGCGACGUCUGGAGCAUGGGCGUCUUCCUCUACGUCCUGCUCUGCGCCCGCCUGCCCUUCGAUGACACCGACAUCGCCAAGAUGCUGCACCAGCAGCAGAAAGGUGUCUCCGUCCCCGGGCACCUGGGCAUCUCCAAGGAGUGCCAGAACCUUCUGGAAACGCUUCUGGAACCAGACAUGACCCUCAGACCCUCCAUCGAGGGGGUGAGCAGCCACCCGUGGCUGACCAACCCCUGAGGAGGACUCGCUCCUGCUCUCCCCCAAUA